AUGCUGCAAAACAGAGUUUUUCUUGCAAUCUUGUUGCUCGCAGCUCAGUUCUUGAUGCAGAUACAUGAAACGGACGCAAAAGUUCCUGCGCUUAUCGUAUUUGGGGACUCAACUGUGGAUUCAGGAAACAACAACCAGAUUUCCACGGUUCUAAAGAGUAACUUCGAGCCGUAUGGCCGAGACUACUUCGACGGCAAAGCGACUGGAAGAUUCUCAAAUGGUAGGAUCGCACCAGAUUUCAUCUCUGAAGGCUUGGGACUCAAGAACGCAGUCCCUGCUUACCUGGAUCCAGCUUACAACAUCGCUGACUUCGCCACUGGUGUCUGUUUCGCUUCCGCUGGAACCGGCUUAGACAAUGCAACCUCUGAUGUGCUAUCUGUGGUGCCGCUUUGGAAAGAAGUUGAGUACUACAAAGAGUAUCAGACAAGGCUAAGAAGCUUUAUGGGUGAAGAGAAAGCUAAUGAGGUUAUCAAGGAAGCACUUUACUUGAUUAGUAUCGGAACCAAUGAUUUCUUGGAGAAUUACUAUCUUGUUCCUCGUAAGUAUCGGAAGUACACUGUGGACGAGUACCAAGAUUUACUGAUUGGGAUCGCUGGAGAGUUCUUGACAGAUAUCUACAGACUCGGAGGUCGUAAGAUGACUUUCUCUGGACUCACUCCUUUUGGAUGCUUGCCACUCGAAAGAACUACUCAGAUCUUGUAUGGAAGCAAAUGUAUAGAAGAAUACAACAUUGUCGCUAAGGAUUUCAACACCAAGAUGGAAGAGAAAGUCUUUAAGUUGAACAAAGAGCUUAACGGACUCCAGUUGGUGUUUUCAAAUCCGUACGACCUCGUUUCAGAUAUCAUAAACCAUCCUGAAGCAUUCGGUUUUGAGAAUGUGAGGAGUGCAUGCUGCGGAACAGGAUACUAUGAGAUGAGCUACUUGUGUGAUAAAAUGAACCCUUUCACAUGUUCUGAUGCAAGCAAGUAUGUGUUUUGGGACUCGUUUCACCCGACGGAGAAGACAAGCUCCAUUGUAGCAAACUAUGUUCUGCAGAAUGACUUAUCUCGGUUUAAGUGA